CUGGGGGAGAACGCUCCGCAGAGGGCCUGGUGCGCAGGCCCUGAGAAGAGGGCAGGGGAGCGGGAGCGGCCGGCUGGGGUGCCCACAGGGCAGAGUGCAGAGCAGGGAGCGGGACCAGGGGCUCGUGCGCCGGGGGACGCUCAGGAGCCGCCGCAAGCCCCGGCAGCUCCGCUCCGGCCCCUCAGCCUUGCCCAGGUGGCGCGGGGCUGGGGACAGGCGGCGUGCUCGGGGGACGCAGGGGCCACUGCUCACGGAGGCCCCCGGCUGACAGGCAGGUGUGGGCAGGUGGGCUCCGCGAGGAAACGGGGAGAGCCCGCGCCUUCUCACCAGCCCUGGGCCGAGGGGAGCCCCAGGCAGACGCCUCCACGUGCCGCCUGCCCAGGCCGGUCCCCCCGUGUGCAGCAGAGCUGCCCCCACGGCCCCACUUAGAGGGGCGCAGGUCACUGUCCUCACUGCUCCUCCUCACAGCCUUGUUGAGACACCGCCCACCUGUGCACAGGGUGCGCGUCUGUGCUUUCUGUACACGCGGGAGUCGUGCACCCACCAGCCUAUCCAGUUCCGGAACAUUCCAUCACCCCAAGGGCACCCCGUCCCCAUCAGUCAUCCCCCGGCCCCCCCGGCCCUCUCCCCGUGCGUGGACGAGCCCGUCCUGGACGUGUCACACGCGUGGACUCGCACCCCGAGGGGCCUCCUGUGUCUGGUUCCCUCCCCGAGCGUCGGGGGCUGGGGUCCGUCCCCGGGGUGGCGUCUUGGGGGGGCCUCGCUCCCGCGGGCGACCGAGUGAUGCUCUUGCGCAUGGCUGGGCCACAUCCCCGUGGACGUGUGAUGGGUUUUGUGUGACGUGUGUCCUUGUGCCCCCCGGGCACAUGGGCAGCUGCAGAACUGUGGGGUCGGUCGAUGACUCCGCGUGCGGCUCUUCCAGGGACCACGGGGCUGUGUCCGAAGCGGCUGCCCCGGGUCACGGCCCCCCGCCUGGUGGGGUUCUGAUGGCUCCGCGUCCUCGCAUCCUCGCGCCACUUGUCAUCGUGUGUUGCGGGCAGGCCGCGUGUCCCGGGUUCUGGGGUGCGGUGCCUGGGCCCAGGGCGCUGGGCGGCCUCCGUCGUGUCUUUGGAGACCUGCGUGUUGGUUCUUGAGCCGUUUUUAGUUGGGUUGUUUGUACCUCGGUCGAUGAAUUACCAGGGUGUGUGUGUAUCUGGGAUUCAGUUCCCACGGCCUAUGCAGCUCUUGCUACCCUCCCCCCGGGCUCAGACCCCUUUGGGGGCCCCUUUGCCUUCGGCAGCGCGGGGAGUGCAGGGGUCGCGGCCUGUGCUGCGGUGGCACCCGCUGCCCUGAUGGAGGUGAGGUGCCUGGCGCUCCUGGAUGUCAGCAGGGAAGGGCCAGGCUGAGCCGCGGUGUUGCUCCCCCGGGGGACGGUCACAGCCCCUGUGCCCUGUGCCCGUGGCCCCCCUGGGACGGUCAGCGCCCCCUUCUCUCCCACCGGGGUGAGCGCUUCUGAAAGUCCCCGAAGGUAGAGCUGAGCUGUCUUCCCGACCCUGCGGCUCUGGGACCCUCACGGGUGUGGGCUUGGGCUUGUUUCUGGGAACCAGAGGUGGGGUCUGGUGUUUCCCACCUCGCUGCCCCUGGGCCGGCCCCCCAGCCUCCAGUCAGGACAUCUCCGUCUCCCCCGUCUGACCAGUGGGGGGUGGGGAGCCGGGAAGGGCGUGGCCAGUGGGGAUGGGGUCACAGGCUCUGUGCUGGGGCUGCAGGAAUGUUCCAGAAGUGCCGUCAUGGGACGCCCACAGGCCGGUCCCUUUGCCUGGGUGGCACUUCCAGCCUCCGUGGUCACCUUCCUGGGACAUGAGCUCCUGGGGCCCCAAGGAUUACAUCUGCCCCAGAUGCGAGUCUGGUUUCAUUGAGGAGCUUCCAGAAGAGACCAGGAGCACAGAGAACGGGUCCGCACCCUCCACGGCCCCCACGGACCAGAGCAGGCCGCCGUUCGAGAACGUGGACCAGCACCUGUUCACGCUGCCGCAGGGCUACGGGCAGUUUGCUUUCGGCAUCUUUGACGACAGCUUCGAGAUCCCCACGUUCCCCCCUGGGGUGCAGGCCGAAGAGGGCAGGGACCCCGAGAGCCGGCGGGAGAGAGAGCAACACUCCCGGCACCGGUAUGGCGCCCGGCAGCCCCGCGCUCGCCUCACCGCACGGCGGGCCACCGGCCGGCACGAAGGCGUCCCCACGCUGGAAGGGAUCAUCCAGCAGCUGGUCAACGGCAUCAUCACUCCCGCCAGCAUCCCCAGCCUGGGCCUGGGCCCCUGGGGUGUCCUGCACUCAAACCCGAUGGACUACGCCUGGGGGGCCAACGGCCUGGAUGCCAUCAUCACGCAGCUCCUCAAUCAGUUUGAAAACACAGGCCCCCCGCCUGCAGACAAAGAGAAAAUCCAGGCCCUCCCCACCGUCCCCGUCACCGAGGAACACGUAGGCUCCGGGCUGGAGUGCCCCGUGUGCAAGGACGACUACGGGCUGGGGGAGCGCGUGCGGCAGCUGCCCUGCAGCCACCUCUUCCACGACGGCUGCAUCGUGCCCUGGCUGCAGCAGCACGACAGCUGCCCUGUGUGCCGGAAAAGCCUCACGGGACAGAACACAGCCACCAACCCCCGGGCCUGACCGGCGUGAGCUUCUCGUCCUCCUCGUCGUCGUCGUCCUCCAGCUCGCCGAGCAACGAAAACCCAGCCGGCAACUCCUGAGCCCCUCGCCCCGCCCCCCUCCGGCCGCCCCCGGUGAGCACAGGACCUCGCGCCCCAGGCCCUGCGGGGCGGUGGGGGGCGCCGCGGAGCUGGAGCCUGGAGGUGCCCCCACCCGCCUCGGCGCCCACACCACCCCCGCUGCGGGCAGAGACUCGGAGGACCGCCGCCUCCAGGCUGGAGAGAGCUCAGGCCUCCCCGAGGGGCGUCAGGCGCAGGGGCCUGGGCACACGGCGCCCCCGGCUCCCCCACCCGUUUGUCUCUAACCUCACCCUCCACACAGUCCACGGCGGAAAGGUUUUUAUAAUUUUAAAUUAUUACUGCUUUGAAAUAAAUGGACGUUUUAGCUCA